AUGCUCACGCCGGUGUUCGACUGCAGUCAAGAAGGCGGCUUCGUCGUCAUUCGCCUCUUCCUCUCCGCCAUCUGCAAAGUAAUGAACGCCGUCUUUGACAUCAACGAGACGCAGUUUACUUUCUACUGCUCCCCGUACUACUUACGCCUGCGUUUUGACCAAUGCCUGGGGGAGGGCAGGGGAGAGCGGGCUACGUACGACUUGGAGACGUGCGUGCUCACAGUGUACCUGCCAAAGGCAGACGCGGCGGAAGUCUUCACGAAGCUCGAUAACCCGGCCUACCUCAUUGCUACGGAGAAGCAGCGCGCUUCGCUUAUUCAGGUCCUCGGCGGUGCCAACUCGAGCGACGCUGCCACCGGCGCGGGUGACGAGCUGGAGGAGACCGAGUACGUACAAUCCUCUCCGGAUGCCACUGCGGCAGUCGGCGCCGCCGACAGGAGCGAGAGCCUAGCACCUGAGGAGCAGUGCAGCUACGGCUUUGCGAACGCGUUUAGUGGACUCUUCCAAAAGCUGGAUACAGAUGUUGUGCGCGAGGUGGUGAGCCUGCGCUGUAAUCCCGAGUGCACCACCCGCGAGGAGCGCCGGCGAUUGCGCCUCGCUGCGGAGAUGAGCGACUUUGACGUGGAUGCGCUGCUUUUCGCCGUCGAGGAUGCCGAGGGGGAGGUAGCGCAGGUGCUACGGUACGUCCCUACACACAUGAGGGACUUUCAGAAUGCUCUGCAGGACAGCGCUACCGGGCCGGGAAGAGAGCCAGUGCUGCCGCAGGUGGUGGUUGCAAGUAUCCCUGACGCAGACGGGUGCGCUUCGUGUCGGUGCGACGCAGAUCCGCUAGAGGAGGAGGAGAGCACGCUUCUCGGAGGCGAUGAUGCGCGACCCGUCACAGUGUGGAGCGGCAACGUUGCCGACUUCAAGAAGCCACUCAUCGAGGAGCUGCACCCUGUUGUCAACGUCGAGCGAGAGUUGGCAUCAUCAGCGACGGUGGCUGGUGCGGUUGCUUCCGCUGUGUCUUCUCAAACUGCCACUAAGACUUCUGUGCCGCCUGAGCCACGCACGCGGUUGGCGAUUCCCCGAGUGCGCCCGUCGCUGAAGUUCACUCGAGACGAGACAGAGAUUCUAAUGCGGCUAAAGCUGCCCCGGCUGCUUUUCCCUCCCUCACAGGCAGAAGUGGAGGCACUGACUGCCGAUCUUCUCUUUAGCGAGGCCUACGACGACCUCGUGACGGAGGGCAGCGGCUGCAGCGAGUCGCUAUGGAACCUCACGCAGCUGAGUCCGGCCCUUUCCUACCUCGAUCCGGCCGACACGCUCUACGACGCGUGCGUCGCGUUUGCACGCCGCGCACUGGUGUACCCGCUGCAUCGCCACUGUGCAUUGCUGCAGCGGGUCUGGGCGGUGGUGGGCACGCGGCUACUGCUGGGGCGUAACUACACUCUCCGUGCUCUUUUACGCGUGCGUAUCAUUCUCUCGCAUGCGGAGCACAAGCACCUCUUGUCGACCAUCUACCUGGACCCUCUGAUUGCGUACUGGAUGCACGUUCCCACGGCGGACGAUUGCCUGAUGCGCAUGGGUCUUGAGAUUCACCAGCACGUCUCCCGCAUAAAGUCGACGACAGUGUCAAAGUCUGGGGCGCCCGCUUUGCAUUCGAUGUUAGUGGAUGCCGAUAGAGUGACGCUCUACCCGCUCACGCUGGCGUAUUUCGGACUCCCGCUCUCUGAGGAGAGGGAGGAUGACCGGUAG